AUGCCGAGGUCAUCGGAGGAUGAGACGUCAGAGCCCAUCGGAAAGCUGCAAGCUGCUGAAAACUCAAUUUUCGCUUCGCGCUGGGAGCGUUUCACUCCGUACAUUGCCGAGUAUUGGGGCACACUGGUCGUGACUGCCACAUUUCUGUGCAACGUUGAUGUGGGCCAUGGGAUAGAUCCUUCCUUCAGGUCCAUCUGUCAUGCGUUCAUGGUGGUGGGCAUGGUAUCAGCAACGAAACACGUGACGGGAUCCAGUCUGAACCCGUCCGUCAGCCUUGCCCUGGCCCUGGCUGGGCGACAGAAGAUACGAACAGCUGGGUUCCUGUGCAUCGCCCAGAUCCUUGGAGCUAUCACCGCCGUUGCGAUGUGCACCAAGGCUGGUAUCGCCAAAGACGUCACACUUGGACCGAUUCUGGGGCACAACUGGUUCCAGGUGGCCUUGCUGGAAACCCUCUACGCCACCAUGAUGUGCAUCGUCUAUCUCAACUGUGCAGCCUCCACGAAGAACAACCCAAAGGGUGAUCAGAAUGGAUUCGUGGGUCUGGCCUACGGCUUGUGUUACCUGGCCAGCCACAAUGCUGCAACCGGAGUCUGCAAGACAGUUACCAACUCAGCCAUCUCGAUCGCGCUGAUCGUGUGGGGGCAGAGUGACUCCGUAUCAUUUGGGCAAGGCGUGGGCUACUUCUUCUACGACCUGUUAGGUGCAUUCCUAGCAGCUGGCGCCUUCCGUGUCGUGCGACCCCAUGAGUUCCUCAGCGGCUCAUCGGAAAUAGAGGACAACAUCCUGGAGAGUGCUCCCUUGGCCGCCGAGUUCACCGGCACUUUUUUCGUCGUGCUGACACAGAUUUGCACGAAGAUGUCCAAGCUGGUGGAACACGACAUGGGUCCACAGGCAUUUGGGACUGCAGCCGCAGUGAUCUCUAUGGUAUAUGCCUGCUCCCUAUUAGCACAAGCCUCGCCGGCAGCUUCCGACUCGCCGAACAUGGCGGCCAGCGAUGCGGACGCAGCUCGGGACGAUGACUCUGCGACGGAUCCGGAGAUGCCCCCUUUGAUCCCCGUCUCCCCAAAACCCCUGCCCGAACCGAAACGGGCUCCCAAGCUGUCAGCGCUGCAGCAACUUCGCAACCGAGCCCGGGGCAGAGGCCGCGACGGCCGCCUCGGGGGUCGCGGUCGGGGCCGUGGGGGCGCCGCCAAAGCGCUGCCCAAGAAGUUUCCAAGACUUGCUCUGAAGGAUCUGCCCCCGAUUUUCGCCGGCGCCGGCGCUCUCGGUGCCGGCCCCUUGCAGACUGUGGAGUUCGGAAAGCGGGCUGGAGAUCUGGCCGCAGCCCUGGACAAGAUCACGUCGCCCGCCCUGGCUGGCCUUGCUGAGGACCCCGAGCCGGAGCUGCCAAAGAAGCGAUCCCGUCGCUACAGCCUGGAGGGGUCUUUGGAAGAAAUCGAGGCUGGGUCCAUGUGA